CUCUCAUUCUCAUCAGAGUUGUUGCAGAGCGGAAAACAACGGCAGGAAACAGAGUCAAAUGAACUUACUUUUUUUUCCCAUAGAUGUGUGUUUCUUUGUGUUGUUUUAUGGCAGAUCGGUGCUUUAGGGUGUAAACGUGAGUUGCUACACAUUUCUGUAUUUUAAUUCUCUACCCUGUGUGCGCUCAGUGGCAGAUGUUGCUCCAAAAGGAAGCUGCGCGGUUUUUCUGUUGGAAAGUGCGCGGAGGGAGCGCGCAGACGUCGUGCUCCUUGUUGCUUUGAAGAGGAAACUUGCUCCAAAAGUUGUCUAUAUGGCGUUUCAAAAUGACAGACUCUAAUUCGAGCAACGAAAGCAACAAUGGGCUGUAUUUCAACGGGUCUGCUCUGGAGCUCAUGCCCCCAAACAUCAGCAUCACAACAUGCAGGAACUUCACCAUGGACCCGCAGGUCGUCGGCGUGGGGAUCUUCCUCUCCGUGUUUAUUCUGGUGGCAAUUGUUGGAAAUAUUCUUGUUAUCCUCUCCGUGGUUUGCAAUAAACAGUUGCAGACUGUCACAAACUUCUUCAUUGUGAACUUGGCCAUAGCAGACCUUCUGGUAAGCAUCAUCGUUCUGCCCUUUUCUGCGUCUUUGGAGGUGCUGGGAUGCUGGAUGUUUGGCCGCGUUUUCUGCAACGUUUGGGCAGCCGUGGAUGUGCUCUGCUGCACAGCCUCCAUCCUCAGCCUCUGCAUGAUCUCCAUCGACCGGUACAUUGGUGUAAAGCACUGCCUUAAAUACCCGAGCAUCAUGACUGAGAGGAAGGCAGUGGCAAUCCUCAUGCUGGUGUGGGUCUCGUCUUUAGUCAUCUCCGUGGGUCCGCUCCUGGGAUGGAAGGAGCCGCCGCCGGUGGACGAGAGCAUCUGCAGGAUUACGGAGGAGCCCGGUUACGCGCUCUUCUCCUCCCUCUUUUCCUUCUACCUCCCGCUUUUGGUCAUUCUCAUCAUGUACUUUAGGGUGUAUGUAGUGGCCCGCAGGACUACAAAGAGCCUGGAAGCGGGAGUCAAGCGGGAAAGAGACAAGUCUGUGGAAGUAGUGCUGCGGAUCCACUGCCGCAGCGUGCUGGGGGACGCGCGCCCGGCCAGCUCCAAGAGCAGCAAGAACCAUCCGUUUCGAAGUUCGCUGUCGGUGCGCCUCAUGAAGUUCUCCAGAGAGAAAAAAGCGGCAAAAACCCUCGCAGUCGUGGUGGGAAUGUUUAUUGUCUGCUGGCUGCCUUUUUUCCUCUUCCUACCAAUCGGUUCCGUCUUCCCAGCACUGAAGCCCUCUGAAACUGUGUUCAAGGUGGUGUUUUGGCUGGGAUACUUCAACAGCUGCAUCAAUCCAAUGAUCUACCCCUGCUCUAGCAAAGAGUUCCAGCGAGCAUUCAUUCGACUGCUCAAAUGCCAGUGCCAUCAAAAGCGGAGGGUCCUGCGCCGCUUCUAUGACCAGAGGUGGCGGACAGCUGUGAAAGGAAUGGCAAGGGAUCAGAGGGGAGAAUACACACCUGGCUAUGCCGUGCAUGAAUCAUGCAGCAGCUCUUUAUUGCAUAAGAAGAAAGGUUGUUCACUCGGUUUAAAGAGAUGGAGCCUUUUUCCGCCUCUGCAGAACUCCUCCUUUCAGUUUAAGGAAAAAGUCAACAAUCUGUCCAACAAGAUCAAGGGAGGGACAGGAAAAGGAGCCACACCUGGCGGGGGCAGGAGGGACACUGUGGACACAGUUUCAAUGGGAAUCUGCAAUUCUUGUGAGCAGGGCAGUUUUCAGUUCUAUGAUCUGGCAGAAUGUCACGGCCUGAAAGAGACCGACAUUUAGAGUUCUCCCUGCAGAGAGUUAUUUAUUUUCAAAGUGGCCAUUCUUAAACAAUGUGCAAAUAAGACUGUGAGCAGGCACACAUUCUGAGAGUUUCACAAAAUUAUCUAAAAUUCUUCACUAUGACUUUUCUUAAAAUGAAAUAUUUUGUGAAAGCCAGGUUGUGGAGAUCACAACAGUAGCAAACCUAUCAGACUGGUUGUUGUGAUUUUAAGGCACCAUGUGUCUGUGUCAUAAAAUCAGUGUUUGGAUUAGGUACAAAAGAAAAACACAAUGAAAAACUAGAAAGAAUGCACAAAAAAUUCAAUUUUAUUUCCUUUUGUUUGAAUAAAACUGUCUUUUUGGUUUCAAAGGUUAGUGUGUUGACCCUAUGUGAUGUGGAAAAUGAUUUGCUUUAUAUUUUUUUUUUAUUUAAAGACAGUAAAGCAUUUUAUUGACAAGACUGCUGAGUGCAAUUUCUAUUGUUUGUAUCAAAUGUGAUAUCAAACGUGAAAUUUCACACUGGACUCAAUUUGAUCAUGUGCAUUCUUUAACAUUUUGAGAAGGUUUUGUGAGCAAAAAAGGUUAUCGAAGAAUGAAAAUUCUUAACUUGAUUUAUUUUGUAGGAUUCAUGGGGAACAAUGAAGUAAAACUUGUAAAUCCAAAUAAGCUCUAAUGUGAAAUACAUGUACUUUUUUGAUGCUAUGAUUAUGAAUAAUAAAAGCUAAAUAAAAAAAAG